UGGACAAGUUCAAAGGUUACGUCAACAACUCGCAGCCCUCGCGAGUGAUGGAAGGCAGUAGCGAGGAGGAGGAGGGAGAGGAGGAGAGGGAGAAGCUGAGGUGUGUAGCGGUGACGUCAGAGGAUCUAUUCUCCUCUCACGAGGCUAAGAAAAGCCCCAGAUGUCGUCAGGCAACGAGCAAUGAUGUUUUGGCUCGCAGACUGCAGCAGUGGGUGGAGAGUUACUAUGACUUGACUGGGUCAACAGAUGAUGAUGUCAUCGCCUCGUCAGCCACAGCAGUAGAAAGUAGACCUGAGGCUUCAUCUGGUAUUCUACUGACAUCAUCUUCACUACAUCCAGUCACCCUGUCUCCUCCUCCUCCUCUUCUCUCUCACUCAGCUCACAGAAAAGACACUUGGUCAUCAUCAUCAGGAGGAAGAGGAUGAAAGAAAGAGACUUCAAGAGGCAGUCUUUGACCCAAAACAACUCACCACUAUCCAUCAACCCUGACUCCACCCAUCCCUUUCAUCUAUUAAAAAUCCUGCGAAUUUAAAAGAGGCAUAUAGGGAUGGUAUAAAAAGAAAGGGAGACAAGAUAGGGAUGGGAUACAUGAGGCAUAGUUAUGAACAGAUUUGAGCACACUGACACCCCUAACACAACCCAUCACACAAUCCCUAUAUUGUUGCCUAGGUGAAGUUCACCAUUACAAUACUCAGCACUUAUAAUACAAAAAGUCAUUGAGACACUCGAACAUGAAUACAGUUCAGAAAAAGUCCUACAUAAGUCUGAGAAAUGUCGUCUUAAAGAGGUGAGUUGUGUAAUAAAGAGAUGGGCACUAAUUGGAAUGAGGUGAGCACUAAUUGGAGUGAUGAUGGUGUCUGCGAAUGGCGACUCUAAGUUUGUGCUGCCAGUGACGGUCGUCCAGGGAGAUGGGGUGGAGGGUUGCUAUGGUGGACGGAAGUUCUCGACAGCUGGCACAGAGAAUAGGAAUGAGGUGCCCAGCGCCACGUGGUGACUGCUGGAUCACGUGCUGUAGCUCGUAGCAACACCACUCACUCUGUUGGUAGUCAGGGGAAACAACGGCAAUAACUUUAUCAGCGGAGUGAAGUAGGCGGAGUCUCUCCUCGGAGAUGACACUGCCGGCGAUCAUGUGACCUUCGUGGUCGGUGACUGUGAUUUGUUGAAAUGAGUGUAGUAGAGGAAGCAGGCAUUCUCUCACCCAAUCACCCUAUGGGGCAGAGUAAAAUACAGCGGAACACCAAUGCUACUUAUUUACGAAAAAAAUGCUAGCCCUCCAACUCUCUACACAGAUGUCUAUGGACGCAGUGCAAUGCCAAACUGUACGCUGUCCUUUGAGAUGUACAUUCGUGGGUCGGUGGAGAGAUUGUGUCUACUAAAAACACGAAUCAUGCAUUACAGUAUACAGACACAAUUGAAAGUAUACCAAAACACUUGGAGAUGGAGACCAACUGGCUACCACCCCCUGCCACACAUCAUUAUGUAUACACCAGUAGCAUUAGUUAUAACCUGAGAGUCGCAGUAACUGACAUAGACACACACGUCACGAGACGGAGGGAAAAACAGGUCGUUA